AUGGCAAAGCUCAUUUUCUUCCCCGCUUUCAAAAUCCUCCUCAUAUCCGUCGUUUCUUCCACUGGAGAUGAUGGAGAAAACUUUGCACGAACCAUAGACCGGAAACUUUCCGGUCUUCACAAGAAAGAGAAGCUAACCCAUUACAAAGUCUAUUGGCACGACAUGGUAAGCGGUCCAAACCCAACGUCCAUCAUAAUCCAUGCACCAGUUAAGAACUCUACUACCUACUUUGGAGGAAUCUCUAUGAUCGACAAUGCCUUGACAGCGAAAGUUUCGAGGAACUCCACGUUACUUGGCCAGGCACAAGGGUUUUACGCCGGAGCGGCCCAAAAGGAGUUGGGUUUCAUUAUGGCGAUGAAUUUUGUUUUUAAGACAGGGAAAUACAACGGAAGCACGAUCACGAUCCUUGGUCGGAACUCGGCGAUGUCAAAGGUUAGAGAAAUGCCAAUCGUCGGAGGAAGUGGGCUUUUCCGUUUUGCUAGAGGCUACGUUGAGGCUCGUACAAAGUGGGUUAAUUUCACGAGCGUCGACGCUACUGUUGAGUAUAGUUGUUAUGUUCUGCACUAUUGA